AAGAACUGGGUUGAGCUGCUGGAGCACGUUGUCAAGGUCCGCAACACUACGCUGGACGAGCAUCACCCGUCUCGGCUGGCAUCGCACCACGAGCUUGCCGGUGCAUACGGGGACAACGGGCAGACAAGAGAGGCAGUGGAGCUGCUAGAGUACGUUGUCAAGGUCGAAGAGACUACGCUGGACGAGCAUCACCCGGAUCGGCUGGCAUCGCAGCACGCGCUUGCCGGUGCAUAUCAGGCCAACGGGCAGACAAGAAAGGCAGUGGAGCUGCUGGAG